AUGAAGCAAACGAUGUUGAUUAAGGUGUGCAUGAAAGAUGAUAAGUGUCGUGCCAAAGCUAUGAAGAUUGCAGUUGGUUUUUCAGGGGUGGAUUCGGCGGCAUGGAAGGGGAAUGAGAAGGAUGAGCUAGAGGUGACCGGAGUUGUAGAUUCAAUCAAACUUACAAAGAAGCUAAGAAAUAAAGUGGGGUUUUCCGAGAUCGUUAGCGUUGGACCGAUACCUGAGAAAAAGGAUGAGAAAAAGGAUGAAUCCGAAAAAAUAACACAACUGCUUCCGUAUUAUUAUUCUUUUGGUGGUUACGGUGUUCCACAUUAUGUCCAUUACGAGGAUAGUUAUCGUGGCCAACCCUAUUGUUCUAUUAUGUGAUUUCUCAAAUUUUGAAAAAAACAAAGUGAGGAGUGUUGGAGGGGUUGAGAAGUAUUUUUCUUUUUAAUUUUGACCAUAUUGUUAUCACUUAUAACGUGAAAGUUGGUUAAGAAAAUAAUGUCCUAUUUUUUUUCAUA